UUCCAGUGACCUAAUGUGCUAGAAAACCCUUUUUGGGAUCCGGAAAAUAGGUGAGGUGGGGUGAAAGAUUUUAUUGAUAUGUCAACUUGUGUGUCUGUGUGUGCGACAUAUAAACAAUAAUAGACAGGCUGUCCUGUAAACAAAGUGUAUGUGUAUACAAACAUGGACGUAUGUGUGUGCGAGAAAUACAAAGCGUAGAAAAGAGUCUAUGAGGACGUUAGAAGAAAGUCCAGACACAAGGAUGGUAAAUACCAGUUCGUAUUCAAGGUACACAGUGGUUGAGGUGCUGUAACAAGAAGUUGUGGCGGCAAUGCAGAGCCAGGGAGAGGCACAUGUCGUGUAAUAGUUGUGGCUUCAAUGCUGCUGCCGGUUACUUGUUACAGAAGGUUGUCGCAAGUUUUAUUUGCUGUUAUCCAUGGUGAAGUAAUUCACAAACAGUGUGGAGAUAGAACCUGUGUGAGUGCUGCUGGUGAAAGUCCCGUUACAGGGUUGAAGCCAGGCAAAAAAUCACAGAAAGUACUGCUGCAAGAAAUGAUUGAAGAACUGUAUAGUCAAGUAACUCUCGAGAUAUGGAAAUAACUGUGGAAGGUGCUUGCAAAGGCGACUGUCUUAAAACAGAAAGCAAAACAAGAUAGACACGACAUUUUAAAGACCUAAACCAAAGUGAACCUGAUCGGCAAUCACUUACACAAUCACAAGGGGAGAAGUUAAGAAAUUUUUGAAAUUACUUAAAAAUAAAUUUUAAACUAUGGAUAGAAAGUCAUAAUGACGACAUUACUUAUGUAACAGAUGUCAUUAUGGUCAUAGCAGAAACUUCGAAUCAGCUGCCGCAGACCAUGCUGACAGAAGAGAACACAAAGAGUUCACAGUAGGAUUCAAAAUAAACCGCAUGAAAAUAAAAUGUGCAAUGCAAAAUGUAGCACAAGCCCGAGCAGAGGUGGGAAACGAUGAAAUUGAAGACGCGAGGGACAUCUGCUUAGACAGACGUAAGUAGAGAUAUAAUGCUGAAAUCUCGUGCAGAGGUGGUAGGUGCUAGCCUAGAUUAAAGAUGUGCUUAAAGUCCUGCAUGCCAAUUUCCUUAGUAGCACUACCCUAUUUGCACUUUUAUGCACAAAGGAGACGCGCCUACUACGAAAAGGAAGACCAGCAACGUGCUGUAGAUAAGUUCACUCCUUCCAUAGACGUUGUCUGAACAGGUGCACGGUGUGUACAUGUCAGCUGUCGCAGUGAUCGCAGAGCAUCGUGAGAUGAAAUAUUUUGUUCAAGAACAUAAAGCACCUCUCUGUUUGGGAAUCGAAACCGCGACCAUGAAUGCAAAACUCUAACUGAGAACUAAUGGUCCAUAACAAACUAAAAGUUUAAAAAAUCAGAGGAAAGGAACAACAAAAGUAAGAAGUAUUGAUGGAAAGUCAGUAAAAUUGCAAAAUAAGCACCAGCGGUAACAUUUUAUCCCUUGAAAAUUUCUUGAGAUCUGUCUUUUAAAUAACAGUGAUUACGAUUCUGUAAAAAAAAUAGUAAAGUAAAAAUACAAAUAAAAAAUAAAUUUCAAUGUUUUUUUUUAUUUUGUGGUGGGUGGAGUUGCGUACGUCAUUCCUUCAGUAUUUUUAGCUUAUUCUAUGCCGUUGUCUGACAUGAGUUAUUUCCCUUAACAUGUCUGCGUGCGAAAAAAUUAUACACACGCAUAUGCAUACAUACAUUACGAAAAGAAAUAUUAAUUUCUCUUCAUUUUACUCAGUGUGCAAUUUAUAAGUGAUUGUUUCUAAUUUAGACACAAAGCCAGAAAUUUUGAUGGGAGGCGCAGUGAUCCUAGUAUUGCGUUGGUACUUUAUUUCAUAGACUUCGAAACAAUGAAAGUCUAAGUUGACGUCGGCGACGAUUCUUUCCCUAAUGCAUGGCUUACACUGCUCUGUUAACAGAAUCUUUGUGAAACUGUUGGUGAUAAAUUUGUAUGUCCAUAUCUAUAACGGUUUACUAGAAGAGGCAAGAGACACUGGAGCAUAGUCUUAAAGACAAUAUGGACAUUACAGCAUGGAAAUGUUUGUACCUUAGUGGAUUGCUAAUGAAAGAUGACAUCAUAGAAACGUAUUUGCUAAAAUACCAAUGUAGAGGAUUUCAGCUGAUUCUUUAUAAAAGAUAUGAAAUUUUAUUUUCUUAAUUUUCAAAGACAAAACGAAUACCAUACUAAUUUGUGGUCAAUUAGUAUGAAUGUGUCAUAGUCUGAUGGAAAGCAAAAUGGUCCAAAGAGAAAAGAAAUCAUUUCAUUGUGAAAUCUGUGAUAAACAGUUCAAAAGAAGUUGGCAAUUAAGUGAACAUUUACGAACUCAUACAGGAGAGAAGCCGUACCACUGUGGAAUUUGUAGAAAAGCAUUUUCCUGUAAUAGUAGCUUAAGGAGACAUAGAACAGUUCAUACAGGAGAAAGGCCAUACCAGUGUAAAAUUUGUAGUAAGACGUUCUCAUUUAGUAGUAACUUAAAGAACCAUAUAAUGACUCAUGCUGGUAUGAGUCCCCAUCAGUGUGAAAUUUGUGGCAAGACCUGUACAUCUAAUAGUAACUUAACAAAGCAUGUAAUGGUUCACACAGGUGAACGACCAUUUAAUUGUGAAAUUUGUGGUAAAUCAUUUAUGUCUAGUAGUAACUUCAAAAUGCAUAAAAUGCUUCAUUCUGGAGACAGUCCAUUUCAGUGUGAAAUUUGUAGUAAAUCAUUCUCAUCUAAUUAUAAUUUAAACAAACAUAUGACUGUACAUACAGGAGAGAAACCAUUUAACUGUGAAAUUUGUGGUAAAGCCUUCUCGAGAAGAUGUCAUGUAACAAGACACAAUGUUGUUCACACAGGAGAGAAACCUUUCCAGUGUGAAAUAUGUGAUAAGGCAUUUUCUUCCAAUUAUAAUUUAAGCAUCCAUGUAAUGGUUCAUACUGGAGAGAGACCUUUUAACUGUGAAAUCUGUGGUAAGUCAUUUUCAAGAAAAAGUCAUGUGACUAGACAUAAUAAGUCCUGUAACUAAAUAUGGAAUUAGUAGUAAUAGGAAUGUUUAAGGAACUAUGCUUUCUUCUGAGGUUAUUUAUGGAAAACACAAGUUCACAAAGAUUUUAAAAAAGGGUGAAAUUUGUGGUGAAAUAUAUUGGAAAAAUUCAUCUCUGCUCUUUCCAAAGUAACCUGGAGCAGUUUCAGUUUAAUAAAGACUUGUUUAAAACUGUUAUACAAUCAUUUAAAAGUUGUUUCAGU